AAUAUGUUCACAUGCCUGAUGGCGUCUCUUUGCAAAAAGCGGAAAUCUAUCGGCGCAACCUUAUCCGAUAGCGAAGGCAGAUCGAACUCCCCAUCAAGCAAGAGUCGCCGGAUCUCUCGCCCGAUGCGUUCUCGCCCCUAAUGGACCCGAGCCAGUGCCCCGAUUGCAUCGGCGACGGCCGGCUUUCGGCGGAGGAACGGAUGAUCAAGUCCCGCCGUCCGGCUAUCCGAAACGACCACUUUGAUGACCAGCACCUUUCUUAUCCUUCGCAAAAGGAGUUUGCUGCAUGGGAACACAGCAUGGGAAAGCAGCAGUGUGUGCCGGGCCGCUCCUGCCAGGCCGACGUCUGCGAGCCGGCGCGCGCCCUCGGCACGACCUGGGAGAUCGGCCACAUCACGCCGGGGGCCUACGCGCUCGACUGCUGGCGCAUCUUUUAUCGCGACCGGCUGCUAGGCCGCAUCGGGCGCGAGCGUGGCGCGACGGAAACGGCGGGCCACGACUGUUACGAAAUGCAGCCCGAGUGGAUGCGUAUGUUACCGGCGGAUAAGAAGCUGCGCGGUUACCUGAGGUGGCGAUGGAUGCGCGAGUGUUGGGACUGGGAUGCCGAGACCGGAAAUCGUGUGGUAUUGGAGGAGCCGUUAAGGCGGGCCGUGGACGAGGGACGCGUGGCGUACGACGCCGCGGGCCGGCCGCACAUCGUCGAAGGGCCCCUCCUCCUUUCCCUGUGCCGCACUCGGCAGGGACCUGGGCAUCGAGAGCGUGACGGAGGCGGACCGGUAGGCAGGGACGGCGAUCCCAAAGGUCGACGUCGCUUCGGAGGCUGGGACGAGGCGUGA